AUGAAGUCAUAUCAAAUAUGGAUAUCUUAUUACCUUUUUAUGAUCUAUACAUUAAUCAACUUAUCUACUUCACAUCCAUUAAGCUUGAUUAAAGAGAAUGGAUUGCUUGACAUCAAGAAGAUGGAUCAUCAACUUUCUUGCAGUGAAUCUCAUGAUCAAAUCAACAACUUAAGUAAAGGUGAUCAAUUUCAUUCAGCUGACUUGAAAAGGGAAAACGAAGUUGUCAGACCUUCACCCUCAGGAGUUCAUAUUUCGAAACCCAACAAAAUUGAUGAAGCACCAGGAAGGAUGGAGGACAUAGUUGCACCAAAGGAUGAUGACUUGAUGACUUUGAAAGAUCAGUUGAAGAAAGAUGAACAAACUGCAAUGGAAAAAAGUAAUAACAAAGAGCUCAAAAAGACAUGGUUACGAAAAACGCUUGAAUUGAUACUACUUCCAUACAAAUCAAUCAAAGGUAUUUUAAAGUGGGUAGGUAAUCGAAUUCAUUCAUUAAGAAAUCAUUCAAAUGAACCGAUUAAAAAACUAGUAAAAGAUCCAAGUGAAGAAAAAAAGAUGAUCAAGAAGAUUAAUAGAUGUGAGUUUGAUGAGUUUAAGGAAGAAUCAAAUUCAGAGAAAACUCAUUUGAAUGAAGUAGAUGAGAUUGAACGUUCUGAAUUGAUUGGAUCUAAAGGUGAAGGAAUCAUUGCGGCUAUGAGGCACAGGAAAAAGUAUGCAACUGCCCAAAAUUCAAUGUUGUCUAAACUUUCUAGACCUGAUGAUGAAAUGAAAACUAUCAUUCAUAAAGAAAAUGAAAAAAAAGAAAAUCUUUUAGAUAUGGAUGGAAGGUUUUUGGAGUUUAAUAGGAAAAGAAAACAGAUAGAAGAAAAUGAUGAAUUGAUUCAAAAACAAUCAAAAUCAUUUUUAGAUGAAAAAAUUGAAAACAAAUCCAAUCAACUUUCAACUUCAACAGAUCAAAUUAAACUAUCCAAUUUAUUCAAUCAAGGAAAAGGUUUAAUGAAAUCCACUUUUGGUGAUGAUGGAUAUAUAAGAAAGUAUGCCAAGAAAUGUUCAAACCUUCUUGAAAGACUUGCAGGAGAUGAUGAAGAAAUGUUCAGAAAGUAUCAAGAAGAAGAAAAAGGUUUUAAAAAAGGUUUAAAUCAAAUCCAACACUUUGAUCAAUUACAUUUGACUAUUGAAGAACCUUUGAUUGAUAUUCAUGAUGAAUUGAAUCAAUUUUCCUUGAAGAUCAAGUUACCUAUGUUCAAAGAAUUAAAAAUGAAUCAGUAUGAUGACUUUUUGUCUAUACUUGCUAAAAAUUACCAGUUCAGAUUGAUUGAAGAAGAGGAGAAGGAACACCAAGUUACAGGGCCGGAAUAUGGUUCAACUUCCAAACAAGUAUUAAUUGAUGUACACACUAAACAAAGGUCAAGAGCUGAAGGGGUACUUGAACAUCCAUUGGGAAUUGAAAUUGAUGACCCAUUUCCAAAUGAAAUCAUCAGAAAAAAAUUAGAUUCACAUGAUUUAUCUACCAACCUUCAAUUUCAUACCGAAAAUAAAAUUCCUAAAAGCUCAUCUGAUUCUUUGAUCAAAUCAUUUUAUCCAAAUUCUUUGAUGUCAAUGUGGAAAAGACAUCAAAAGAUGAGAGCAUUAGAUCCAUUAUACGCUUUUGUGACGUUAAAGAAAGAUUUAUUGAUGUCAAAGUACCAUUGGUUCGUCAACAAAUUUAAUAAAGAGAACCAAUCAGGAAGCCCAAUAUAUAAAGUAAAAAAUUUAGCAGGUAAUCAGAUUUCUGAGAUAACAGAUUUGAAGAUGAGUGUCGAGCAUGAAUUGGCAAAGUCUUCUGGUAUGAGUGGACUUGAAGGAUUUGAGAAAUGGCCCAAAACAAGUUCAACACAAAUUCCUCAAAGUGAAUCUGUUGAAUCAUUUUCUCCUACAAUAGAUCCAAUACAAAAUUUACUUGGAAAGUUUGGAGAGAUUUUUAAAUCCAGAGUGAUGAAAACCAAAGACAUGAGGGUAGAUUUAGGAUUAAGUAAAUUGAAAGGAAACUUGAAAAGCCGUCUAACCAAUAUUUUCAAGUCAAAGAAAGAUUGGUUUAGAGGAAAAGAUGUGGUUCCUAAAGGAAAAAGAAAUGGUUAUACAAGAGAAAGACUUGAUCAAGCAAGAAGAACAAUUAACAGGGUUUUAGGUUAUCAGAAAGAUCUUGAUGGUGAAAAAGAUUUUAAAAGUCAUAAUGAAAUUGUUCCACAUAUAAUUCAGCAGGAAAAAUCCAAUGAGAUGAGAAUGAUCACUGCAAAAAAUGAAAUCUUUGAUUGGGCUAAUGCGCUGAAAUCACAAAGGGAUAAAAGAGCUAGGGAAGUUUCAAACAAAUUGAUUUUACCUCUCUUCACAAUCCUUAAGGAUAAAACCAGUUGGUUAUCUUCUGAGAUGGAUGUAUGGAAGUUGAAAGUUUUGAAAAAAGUCUUACACCCUCAAAAGUUAAACAAAGAGCCAAAGCUCUUGCUUACAUUACCAUCACCUCAAGUUAAACAACCUAAGAAAAGAAAAAUAAGUAAAGUUAAUUAUUAUCAUGAGACACAGAAAAAGAUAAGAGUCAACAGAGUUUUGAAUUCCAUACAAUCUUCAGAUGAAAAGGAAAAGGUAGAGAAAGAGGAACAAGAAGUGAAAGAGACUACAGGUGAUAUCAUUUCAGAUGCAGAGGAAAUUGAAAAUCAGAAUGAAGGUAAUACAAAAUCUUGGAGACUAUCAUAUCUUUUGAGUCCAAUAAUUAAAGAUCGUGUAGAAUUCUUUGAGAAAUUGAAAGAAAUCAAUCAAUGA